CUGAGAAAUCCGACUACAGAGAGCCCUCAUCCACUGACCGGUGAAACCAUGCCAAUCAUUUUGGGCCACGAGUUUUCAGGAACUGUCGUUGAGGUUCAUCCCUCAGUUACGCGCUGCGAAGUGGGAAGCACAGUCGCAGUCGAAGGCCUGCUCAAAGAUGAGAAGUGCUACGCUUGCUCAAUUCGGAAGCGUAACGUUUGUGGCCAAUCUGCAUUCCUUGGUAUUUCUGCCAACCCGGGAGGUCUAUGUGAAAGCAUUGUUAUUUCAGCGUCUCUUUGCCAUGUACUUCCAGCCGGGGUGUAUCUAGAGGCUGGUGCCUUGAUUGAGCCCCUCUCUGUUGCUUGGCAUGCUGUGACAAAUUCUGGAAUUCAAGCACACCACUCCGCAAUAGUCUUCGGUGCAGGCCCAAUUGGUCUUGCUGUGAUUAUUUGCCUUAUGGCCAAGGGUAUCAAACAUAUUCUGGCCUUGGAGCCAUCCAAGACACGACACCAACAAGCGGCAAUGUUUGGUGCUGUCCGCACCUUUGAUCCCAUCACCACUGAUGUUGCUGCUGCUGCCGAGGAAGCAUCAUAUUCUAUUUUGAAGUAUAAUGUCGGUCCAGACUUGGCAUUUGACGCUUCCGGAGUUCGAGCCACCAUUACCGACGGAAUCAAGGCCAUUCGUAAAUACGGAAAGUAUUACAACAUUGCCCUGUGGAAUAAACCGGCUAUCGUUGAUAUGCAUGAGUUGCUCUACUACGGUAAGACUAUCCAGUCAGACCUUUCGCUCUCCCAGGGUGACUUCAAGUCGGUUAUUGCCGCCAUCCAUGAGGGCAAGAUCACUGGAAAAGAUCUUGAGCGGAUGAUUACUUCACGUAUUGAGUUGGAGGAGCUCGAAGAGAAAGGAAUUAUGGAGCUCAUUAAUAAUAAGGAGGAGCAUGUCAAGAUUCUCAUUAGGGUCGAUAAGACGCAACCAAAGCCAUAG